AUGGAUGGUGCCGAUUUGCUGGGGAAAGGCAAUUUUAGUUGUGUUUCCUACCGUCCUGCUCUACAGAGGACAGAAUCCAUGUAUGUUAGAGACUAUGAGACGUUUGAUUCUAGAGAGCAAGCUUUUCAGGAAAUUAUGGAGGCAAUACAGGAUGUUAAUCUUAACAUGAUUGGGGUAUAUGGGAUGGGAGGUGUGGGCAAAACUACACUGGUAAAAAAAGUAGCAUGGGAAGCAAAGAAAAACAAGUUAUUUGAUGAGGUGGUCAUCGCUGAGGCAACACAAACCCCAGACUACAAAAAAAUUCAAGAAAAAGUUGCUUAUGAGUUAGGCCUGGAAUUUAGGCAGGAGGGUGAAUAUCAAAGGACUGAUCUACUACGUGACAAGAUAAAGAAGCACCAGAAUUUACUAAUAAUUUUAGAUAAUAUUUGGACAAAACUUGACUUGGAUAAAAUUGGAAUUCCUUUUGGUGGUGUUGAGAGAGAAAAAGAUGAGAAGAUCAGGUUGUGCACAAAAGUUAACUCAGAUGCAAUCGGAAUUCCUCUCGGUGAUGUUGAGAGAGAAAAAGAUGAGAAGAUCAGGCCAUGCACAAUAUUGUUAACUUCUAGAAAUCGGGAUUUAUUAAGCAAAGAUAUGAAGACUCAGAAGGACAUAUUCAUUGGUCCUCUAUCUAAUGGAGACGCAUGGAAUAUGUUUCGCAAGAUUGUGGGUGAUGCUGCUGAAAGGUCUGAUUUUCGUCUUGUAGCAGAUGAGAUUGUUAAGAAAUGUGAUGGUUUACCGGUAGCAAUUUCACUAAUUGCAAAUGCAUUAAAAAAUGAGAGUCUUCAUGCCUGGGACGAUGCCUUGGCUCAACUAAAAAGGUCUAAUCCAAGACAUAUUGUAGGUAUGAAUGAAACUUUGUAUUCUAUGACACAGCUGAGUUACGACUUUCUGAAAAAUGAGGAAGCUAAAUCAUUAUUUCUUCUCUGUGCUUUCUACAAUGCUGGUGAUAGUGUGUUUAUUGAUGACCUAUUAAGAUAUGGUAUGGGUUGGAAUUUGUUUGAAGACGUUUAUACGUUGGAAGAAGGAAGGAAUAGAUUGCACAGGUUGAUAGAUCAUCUCAAAGCUUCUUCUUUAUUGUUGGAUGGUACCUAUGACAAUACAGUUAAAAUGCAUGACAUUAUUCAUGCUGUUGCUGUAUCGAUUGCAUCAGUAGAGAAGUUGAUGUUUAAUAUUCAAAAUGUCACCGACUUGAAAGAAGUGUUGGGGGAGAGAAUAUCAAAAGAUUCAACUGCCAUAUCUUUGCCCUGUAGAAAUAUCAAUGAUGAUCUUCCUGAACGGUUAGAAUAUCCAAAACUGAAGUUGUUCUUCCUAUUUGGUAAAAAUCGCUCUCCACAAAUUGCAGAUGCUUUUUUCGAAAAGACAAAAGAACUUAGAGUUUUAAGUCUCCAUGGAUUGCGAUUCUUGCCAUUACCUUCAUCCAUUUCUUUCCUAAAAAACCUUCAAACAUUGUUUCUGAAAUCCUGCAUAUUAGAGGAUAUAAGAAUACUCGGAGAGCUAAGUAAAUUAGUAAUUCUUAGCUUGGUCGAGUCUAAUAUUGAAGAGUUGCCUACAGAAAUCGGACAAUUGACUCGGUUGAAGUUGUUAGAUUUGAGCAAUUGUUUAAACCUUAAAUACAUUGCCACAAAUGUCAUCUCUUCCUUGUCUCAUUUGCAAGAAUUAUAUAUGGGCAAUAGCUUUGUUGAAUGGGAAGUUGAAGGAGUCGAUAAUCAAGGACGAAGAAAUGCUAGUCUUGAAGAGUUGAAGUGGUUGUCUAACCUAACAGCUUUACAUCUUCAUAUUCAGGAUGCUCAAGUUAUGCCACAAGACUUGUUCUUCAAGAAACUGAAGAGUUUUAAAAUAUUUAUAGGAGAUAAAUGGAAGUGGUCUAUUAAAUUUGACCUUUCAACUUCAAGAAUGUUGAAACUCAAGAUCGAUGAUAGUAUUCAUUUGGGCCAUGGGGUCAAAAGUUUGCUGAAGAUGACCGAAGAUCUCUGUCUAGAAGGAACAAGUGGUCUUAGAAAUGUCAUUUAUGAACUCAGUGUGGAUGGUUUUCCACAUUUAAAGCAUCUGCGUGUACAAGAUGAUCUUGAGCUUUUAUAUAUCAUUAACUCAGUUGCUUGGAAACUAGUCUUUCCCAACUUGGAGUCCUUGAUUCUUGGUAAUUUGAUUAAACUGGAGAAUAUAUGUCAUGGUCAACUCAAUGCAGGGUCUUUCAGAAAAUUAAGGAUCAUAAAAAUAGAAAAAUGUGAUAAAUUGAAGUAUCUCUUUGCAUUGUUCAUGGUAGAAAACCUUGUGCAGCUACAAGAAAUUGAAGUGAUUGAUUGUAAGAACCUAAAAGAGAUUUUUGAUGAAGGUGAUGAAAUUGAAACAAAUAAUCAGACUGAGCUCAAUCAGUUGUGUUCUCUAACACUACAACGUCUGCCCAAAUUCAUAAGGAUCAGCUCUGAUAUGAGGGUUGUCUUUUCAAGAUUGGAGAACUUGAAAGUAUGUUCAAUUAAUUUUGAGAAUACAUGCAUUCAUCAACCUCUAGCAAUGUUUCAUUAUAGUCAAUGCCUAAAAAGCUUAACUGUGGAGGAUUGUAAUGACUUGAAAUUUUUGUUUUCAUCCUCUAUGGUCAAAAGUCUAAAUCAACUCCAAGAGCUUUUGAUAAACAAUUGUAAGUCAAUGGAAGCAAUAAUUGACUUAGAAGGAGUACAAAAAGAGGAAAAGAUAGUCAAUAUGAGUUUUCCUAAGCUAUUGUACAUGAAGCUCAAAGUUCUUCCAAAACUCACAAGUUUUGGUGUAGGAAAUUUGAUUGAAUUCCCUUUCUUAAAAGAACUUCACAUUGAGCAUUGCCAUAAUUUGAAGACAUUCUUCUGCAAAUCUUUUUAUCUAGAAACAGAGGGAAAAGCUAAGGAAGAGGUGAACUCCGAGGACGACUUUAUUAACGUAAACCCACUUUUCGAUGAAAAGGUUGCUUUUCCAAGUUUGGAGAAGAUGGUGCUCUUGCACUUGGAUAACUUGCAACUGAUAUGCAAAAACAAAAACUCCAUGUGGAUUCCUUUUGCAAACUAA